CAGACCCACAGACAGACAGACCCACAGACAGACAGACCCACAGACAGACAGACCCACAGACAGACAGACCCACAGACAGACAGACCCACAGACAGACAGACCCACAGACAGACAGACCCACAGACAGACAGACCCACAGACAGACAGACCCACAGACAGACAGACCCACAGACAGACAGACCCACAGACAGACAGACCCACAGACAGACAGACCCACAGACAGACAGACCCACAGACAGACCCACAGACAGACAGACCCACAGACAGACAGACCCACAGACAGACAGACCCACAGACAGACAGACCCACAGACAGACAGACCCACAGACAGACAGACCCACAGACAGACAGACCCACAGACAGACAGACCCACAGACAGACAGACCCACAGACAGACAGACCCACAGACAGACAGACCCACAGACAGACAGACCCACAGACAGACAGACCCACAGACAGACAGACCCACAGACAGACAGACCCACAGACAGACAGACCCACAGACAGACAGACCCACAGACAGACAGACCCACAGACAGACAGACCCACAGACAGACAGACCCACAGACAGACAGACAGACCCACAGACAGACAGACAGACCCACAGACAGACAGAGACCCACAGACAGACAGAGACCCACAGACAGACAGAGACCCACAGACAGACAGACAGACCCACAGACAGACAGACAGACCCACAGACAGACAGACAGACCCACAGACAGACAGACAGACCCACAGACAGACAGACAGACCCACAGACAGACAGACAGACCCACAGACAGACAGACAGACCCACAGACAGACAGACAGACCCACAGACAGACAGACAGACCCACAGACAGACAGACAGACCCACAGACAGACAGACAGACCCACAGACAGACAGACAGACCCACAGACAGACAGACCCACAGACAGACAGACCCACAGACAGACAGACCCACAGACAGACCAACAAACCUGAAGAACCAACCAACAGACCUGAAGAACCAACCAACAGACCUGAAGAACCAACCAACAGACCUGAAGAACCAACCAACAGACCUGAAGAACCAACCAACAGACCUGAAGAACCAACCAACAGACCUGAAGAACCAACCAACAGACCUGAAGAACCAACCAACAGACCUGAAGAACCAACCAACAGACCUGAAGAACCAACCAACAGACCUGAAGAACCAACCAACAGACCUGAAGAACCAACCAACAGACCUGAAGAACCAACCAACAGACCUGAAGAACCAACCAACAGACCUGAAGAACCAACCAACAGACCUGAAGAACCAACCAACAGACCUGAAGAACCAACCAACAGACCUGAAGAACCAACCAACAGACCUGAAGAACCAACCAACAGACCUGAAGAACCAACCAACAGACCUGAAGAACCAACCAACAGACCUGAAGAACCAACCAACAGACCUGAAGAACCAACCAACAGACCUGAAGAACCAACCAACAGACCUGAAGAACCAACCAACAGACCUGAAGAACCAAUUAACAGACCUGAAGAACCAAUUAACAGACCUGAAGAACCAACCAAGCAUUGCACCUCACCAUAA